CCAUCGAGAGAUGGAGGCGGCCACGUUUGUGCUACUGUACUAGUUCACUCACUCUAUUUGUGCGGCUUUGUAACUCAUAUUUUAAUUUAUUCUUCACUGCACCAUCAUGUCACGCACGAGAAGACGAACGUAAAGUCCCCGCACGAUGAAGUGUCACUACGAGGUGCUCGGUGUGGGCCGUGAUGUGGCAGCAGACGAACUUAAGCUAGCCUAUCGGAAACUAGCACUUCAGUGUCAUCCAGAUAAAAACCCAGACAACGCAGCAGAAGCUACAGAACAAUUCAAACUAGUGCAGCAAGCUUACGAAGUUUUAAGCGAUCCUCAAGAGCGAGCCUGGUACGACAAGCAUCGUGAAGCCAUCCUCAAAGGAGGACUAGGAGAUGACUACAAGGACGACAGUCUCGAUGUGUAUCGCUACUUCACUGCAUCCUGCUUUUCUGGGUACGGGGACGGAGAGAAGGGAUUUUAUGCGGUAUACAGAGAAGUAUUUGACAAGAUUGCUGCGGAAGAUCAACCUUUCAUGGAUGACCCAAUCGCGAUACCCAGCUUCGGAGACUCACACAGCUUAUACGAAGAGGUAGUGCAGCCAUUUUAUGGAUACUGGCAGAGCUACUGCACAGCCAAGAGUUUUGCGUGGCUGGACGAAUACGACCUUCGAACAGCCCCCAAUCGUAGGGUGGUCAGGCUGAUGGAGAAGGAAAACAAGAGGAUACGCGACCAGGCACGCAAACACCGCAACGAGGAAGUCCGGCAACUGGUACAGUUUGUGCGAAAACGUGACAAAAGGGUGGAAGCUCAUAGGUUGAAACUAGAAGGGGUGGCCGCAGAAAACGCUCGGAAGGCCGAAGCACACCGCGUCCAGAAAAUCUUGGAAAAGCAAAAGCACUUGAAAGAGUACAAGGAGUCAGAAUGGUGCUCCAUGUCCAAACUCGAAGAAGACCUCAAGGAGAUCGAGGCCAACCUCAACUCACAAUUUGGAGACGGCAUUUCAUGCAGCAACGCUCAAGCGGAAAACAGCGACGAGGAACAGGAAAGUGACAGCGAAGAAGACGAGCUCUACUGCGUUGCUUGCGACAAGUCCUUCAAGUCUGUCAAAGCGUUCAUAAACCACGAGAAUUCGAGGAAACAUCAGGAAAAUGUGGAGUUUUUAAAACAAGCCAUGACAGAGGAGGACGAGAUGUUCUUUGGAAAUGGUGAAAACAAAUCGGACUCUGGCCAGGAGAGCAUUGACGACGGGGAACCAGUUCAACUUCCAAGGCCUCCCACACCCAAGAAAAAACGGAAAAAUAAGAAACGAAGAAAAGCCUUUGACCCAACAGACGGUGACGAAAGCCCAGAGGAAGAAACAGCACCUCAGCUACCUUCGGAAGCUACGAGAGAGGCAGAGGUUGUACCACAAGAAGCCGAAAACGAUGGAGCAGGCCACUCCACCUCAGCAGGAAAGGCAAUCAGAAAAACCAAAAAAGGCAAAGAAGCGAGACCAAAGGAAAAGGCAAAGCAUAAGGAACACCAUCCUGUGGGUGAUGUGCAGAAUGAGCUCCAAUGUAAAACAUGCAGUGCCCAGUUCCCGUCACGCAAUAAGAUGUUCCAGCAUCUUCAAGCAUCUGGCCAUGCAGCCUAUUUGGAAAACAAAUCUCAAAGCCAGAAAGGACGUUCUAAACGGUGACCAACGUGCACCAUGUUAGAUGUGUGACCAUUUUACGUGCAUGUAAAAAUUGUGCUGCCAAGAUUAUUGCAUUUUUCCUCGAAGAACUAUGCAUGCCGUACUUUCUCUCUCAUUCGGUAUGGGGACGCAGGUAGCUAUGGAUGACUCCGAGGCGUUGUGUAAAGUAUUAACUGUGGAAUAAAAGUUCCUCUGUCGCA